UUCGCUAGGGACCACUCUGCGAUAUAUAUGAAAUUGCUUAACUUAGCAUACUCCGCCAGAGCCUAGCCCAUCUCAGGAGGUCUACUGUACAACCAUCGCAACUGCGAAAUAGCAUCUUCAGCAAUACACACUUCUAUUCGGGUCCCUGCAGUGAGAUAUUGACAAUUACCCCACACCUACUUUUCAUGAUGAACGGUGCGAUUUUCAUUGGCCAUACCCUCGAAGAUGACGCUCGAAGCAUGGGCUUCCCGUUAUAUGGCGCACCAUCUGAAGACGAAGGAUCCCCUUCACUAGAAUUCACCUGGCCUCACCCCAACACAGAUUGUCAAUACAGUCCUCGGCAAGCUCUCGCAAAGGAACCAUGGGUGAAGCUAGCAGAUGUCGGUCAUUAUGUAGCAACAAACCAAGAUUUCAAUAAUGGACUUGGACUAGAUAAUCACCCCGCAGACCCCGAAUUAUACACGCAUGAACGAACUAUGGGGCCACCCGUUGACGGCGCAAGCCCGUUAGGCAAAGCAGAUUUCAUCUCGAGCCAGCAAUCUUUCGGAACGGAAGGAUACUACCCAAAUAGUAGCGAAGUAACUGAUAUGACGCCCAGUGACCGAAGCCCUGCUUCGAGUCCAUCGGCGAGACGAACGUCAUCAACAACCGCAACGACACCAAUGGACUCGGCCGGCACUAUACCAGAGCUAAAGGAACACCGCGAACGCAACCGCGUUGCUGCUCGCAAAUGCCGGCAAAAGGCCAAGCAGAACUUCGUGGGCCUGCAACGGCGCGAGAAAGAGCUGAGUCAGAAGAACAAAGCACUGCAUAGUCACGUCGGCUGCUUGCGCGACGAAAUACUGGAUCUGAAGAAUGAAAUCCUAAGACACUCUGGGUGUAACAGCAGCGUGAUACAAAACUACAUCGCGAAUGCAGCCCGCCGCCAAUCAGGAUGAGCCAAGCCGCCGUUGCGCGCCGCAAGGUCCUAGGUGGCGCAAUUCUCUCCCUUCCCUGUGUCUUGGUGUAUUCUGACUUACUUACUUUCUUUCUUUCGAUACCCUCUCUUACGCAAAACGGCAGUGCGCAAAGGUCGGGCUGGUAAAUUUUGGUUCUCUCUCACGAGAGCUGGACUUAAUCUUGAAUAGAUCGUUAUUCAGGUAUUGGGCAGCGUGUAGGUCAUAAUAAUGCUCUUGUCAAGGAAGGGUGGAUGGAUUGGCAAGCAAGAGACCUUUCUAAACUUUUUCUAAUUUUUUUUUAACCUUCUCCUUCUUCUCCACACGCUCCCAGCCUCCCUUCAACGCCCCUUCUCUCUUUACACUUACUUUGACAUGGGGCAGUGCAUUGGCAAGCGAUUGACUCACGAACUUACGAACGAAACGCGGUUCCAAAGGGCUGCUAGGAAUAGGAAAUCUCAGUUUUCAGCGGCAAUACGAAAGUCCUAUGGACUUGACCUAUCUCACAAAAAAAUUUAAUAAGAAUUGGAUGAAAUUGUAUAUAAAAUGAAGAGAUAAAGCGAACGUGCUUUCUCAAUAUCCAUUUACUUAUUUACUUUCAGUCCGCUGUCUACCAAGUGCCCUCAGUUUCUCGCCCCAUAACCACAGACAUGCUGGAACCGGGAA